UUCCAGGGGAACUGGGCGGGCGAAGAGCACGAGAGUUGGGCGGGGGACGGGCGAGGCGUAGUCUGGGCGGAAGGGCUUGGGACCGCCGAAUUGUGCCCCGCAAUAUCUUUUCCAGGCCUCAGCGUUGGAAAGCGCAUGCGUGUUCAGUGAGCUGCUUUGGAGCCCUGCUGCUCGUCACCGCCGGGUCGGCGUAGGGGUGCUGCUCUGGACGGGAUGGUGCUGAGCCGGCUGAAACCACAGUCAGAAAGGAAGCUUACAAAACAGAUUUGCAAAGUUGUGUUGGAUCAUUUUGAAAAGCAGUAUAUCAAAGAACUUGGAGAUUCAUGGAUUACAAUAAGGGAUAUCUUAACAUCUCCAGCAUGUUGGCAACAUGCAGUCCUUUUUAAUAGAUUCAACUAUCCUUUCGAACUGGAGAAGGAUUUGCAACUGAAGAGAUAUCACACCCUUCUUCAAGGAUAUUUUCCCAACUGUCCUAAAUCACUCAUAUGCUACGUUAGUAGAAUUCCUGGACGAAUACCUUCAGAGAGACAUCAGUUUGGUAAACUUAAAGGAUAUUAUCUUCUAAAUGCUGCCUCCCUUCUCCCAGUGUUGGCUCUGGAAUUACAAAAUGGGGAAAGAAUUUUGGAUAUGUGUGCUGCUCCUGGGGGUAAAUCGAUAGCUCUUCUACAGUGUGCCUUUCCAGGUUAUUUUCACUGUAAUGAGUACGAUAGCCUGAGAUCAAGGUGGUUGAAGCAGACACUAGAAUCCUUCAUCCCACAACCUAUGACACAUAUAAUAAAAGUAUCCGAAUUGGAUGGCAGAAAGAUAGGAGAUAAUCAACCCGAAAUGUUUGACAAGGUUUUAGUUGAUGCCCCGUGUUCAAAUGAUCGAAGUUGGCUGUUCUCUUCUGAUACCCAGAAGGCAUCCUGUAGGUUGAACCAAAGAAAGGAAUUGCCUAUUAUGCAGAUAGAACUACUAAGAUCUGCAAUCAAGGCAUUGCGUCCUGGAGGAUCACUUGUUUAUUCUACAUGCACCCUUUCCAAGGCAGAAAACAUUGAUGUUAUUGAUCAAAUCCUAAAUUCUCAUAGUAAUAUAAUCCCAGUGGACAUGAAGGAAAUGGCCAGUGCAGUGUCUCAUGAGUUCACAUUUGCUCCUAGUGGACAGGAAUAUGGGUUGUUGGUGCUUCCAGACAAAGGUAAAGCCUGGGGCCCGAUGUUUGUAGCAAAAUUAAACAAAUCAAUAUCCUGAACAUAUGUUUUAUAAAUCAUAUAGACAAAUUGUUCUUUUUUGUAUGAUUUGUGCAUAGGAAUAUGUAAAUAGUUAUGCUGAUACUAUUCUUAGGUAUUUGGAAUUUUAGUCUAUUACAUUUGCAUUUUAUCCCCUCAUAUGGAAUCUAUGCUUGAAGCUUUUUUUUCUUGGAAAUACAUCAUUAAAAAUUAUUUAAAGUGG